GCUUCGAAAAGAGAUGAACCAAGUAAUUCUAUUUGCUCACCGCUUGGUGUCAAUCUUAUACUCUCUAUGCUUUAUUUUGGAGCAAGAGGCACUACCAAAAAACUACUUGAAACAUCAUUGAAAUUGCCUAAAGAUGAAAAUUUUACUAUACAAGGAUAUCAACAACUUAUCGACUCAUUGAGUAAUGUCAAUAAAACUGAGUUGCAGCUAGCUACCAAACUUUUUACGCUGAACGAACCGCGGCCUGAAUUCACAGAAAUAACAAAGUCUUCUCUUAGAUCAGAAGCUCAACGCGUUGACCUUACUAACACCGCAGAAGCUGCCGACAUAAUAAAUAAUUGGUGCGCAGAUCAAACUAAUAAUCAAAUAACUCAAAUAAUCGAGCCUGAUGAUCUUGAGGGUGCACAAAUGGUAUUAGUUAACGCAAUUCAUCUCAAAAGUUCAUGGAGACACCCAUUCAAUCCAAAGAAUACAAAAAAUAAAAUUUUCUACACUAGUGAGGAAACACAUGUGAAUGUUCCGACGAUGUUCGCUCGUAAAAAAUUCUAUUGGGGAACAAUUCCCAACCUCAAUGCGACUUUUAUCAAGCUUCCUUACAAGAUGGGGAUGUCUGAAAUAUUUGGAGAAGAAGCUAAUUUUACGGGAAUCAAUAGUCAAAGUAAUCUUCAUGUUAGUAAGAUAAUUCAAAAAGCUUACAUUAAUGUAGAUGAACUUGGAAGUAAGGCUGCUGCAGUAACAGGUAAUUCGUCUUUUUUUUUAAUUCCUAUCAUACAAUCAUUUCGUAUUUUUUGA